AUGGAAAAAUCGAGUCCUUACAUACAAAGAGUUAGAGAUCUUUACCAAGUAGCUUUUAAUACAUUACGAAGGCGCCAAAAAUAUAGAAGAUUUUAUGAUAAAACAUGGAGUGUAUAUAUUGCAGGUUUCAUUCAAUACACACAAAUCGAUAUUCAACAUAUUAUUGAUGAUUUGAAUAUUAAAUAUUGUUUUAUCCAAACAAUAAUCGACCUUCAAAUUACGCGUAUGUAUAUUUUGAUAAUGAUGAGAUUGCAGGGGGAAACUAUUGCUUACGAAAAUCAAGAAUUGACAUACAUGUGUAAGAAUCCUAACAAACUCAGUAACUAUGCUGAAGCAGUGAAAGGUGGUCAGCAACAUUUGCGCAAGGGAUUUAAUAAGGACUUUCGUCCUUGGAUCAAAUGUCAUGUGAUAAAAGAGUCCGAAGUAGUAUUGAAAAAAGAUCAAGAUAUAUUAAAAGAAGACAAAUACUAA